GCGAACGAGCUCCACGUCGGCGCAAUUAGCAACAUAUGCCAGCUGUGGAGUGUUGUUAACCAAAUUUUUUGUAACAAAUCCCUUUUUCCGCAAUCGUCGACAACAUGUCGAAGUCCGGCGGUGUAACGAGUAAACCACUGGAUAAUUAUUCCGACACGGAUUCAUCCGCGCUCUUCAUUGUUGUUGGUGUUCUCUCGCUGGUUGGAAUUGCUGUGCUCAUCUUUUAUUAUCUUAUACGAAAGCAAUCCCACAAGCUCCAGUUUGUUCUACUCAUGGGAAGAAAUGGCGCCGGAAAAACAACAUUGUUUGCUAAGUUGACACAAGAUCGCAACGUCCUGACAGUCUCGUCUCUCAUAAAAAAUAUCGGUUGGACUAAGAAUUUGUUCCCAAAAGAAACGAAAAGAGAAGUGCAGCUUAUAGAUAUUCCCGGAUUUGAGCGAAUUCGAUGGGAUGUCUUUGAAAGCAACAAGGCACUGUGCAAGGGCAUUGUGUUCGUUCUGGACAGCGUGACGAUCGCAAAAGACGCUCAAGAAUGUGCAGACAUCCUCUAUCGAAUUCUGGUUGAUCCUGAUAUUCAGCGCCGGAAAAUUCCCAUUUUAAUUGCGUGCAACAAGCAAGAUGAAGUCGCGGCUAAGGAUGUUGAUGUCGUAAACGAGUUACUCGAAAAAGAAAUGAAUUCAAUUCGUAUUACGAAAUAUAAUCCCUCUACGAAGAAAGGCAACAAAGCCGAGUUUUUAGGGAAGAUGGAGAAAGAUUUUGCAUUUUCCCAGUUAACGGGAAAUAAAGUCAUGUUCAGCAAAUGUAUCUGCAGGAGCGAAGAGUCAAACGAGGGCGAUGAUAUAAACGGCGUUGUGGAGUUUUUAAGAACGUUGUCAUAGUUUCGUUUUUACACAGUUUACGUCUCUAUUCGUAAAUAUUUUUGUUCUCGUGUUUGUUUCCCUUUGUUUUUCGGUUAAAAAUUUUGUACAUGGAUACGCCAUUACGAAGAAUAAUGCACGAGUAUUGG